AAUACUGAUAUCCGUCCAUCCAUCCAUCCAUUUGAUGGAUCAUGCAAGCCUCUUGCACACAAAUACAUUUUGUCUUGUUAAAAAUAAUAAUAAUAAUUCCAGGCUGAUUUGAACAGGUAUGUGCUAUUAUGGUGCUGGUGUUUGCUUAUUCUGCCUACGUAAUCCUCCUGGUAAAACAGGUUUCAAUGGAUUCUUGCUUUCUAUGAGCGGAAUUAUAUUGCUCAAGCUGAUAAUUAGUCUAAGAUCAUUUCUCUUCUGCACAGAUUAUAUUACAUUACAUUCUAAAUAUGUAUAUUAACAAUAUGUACAUAUAAAGACUUUUAAUAAGGAGAUGACAUUUUAGUCUCAGUCACUGCUGAGUAUAAGUCAAAAGCAUAUCCAAGGAAUAAAGAGAGCAGGUUCCAGAGGAAGUAAGACGGAAAGCAAAAGUGACUCAGCCUAAAGCAGAGAGAUGGAAAACACCUAGAUGUGUAUAUAAAAGAGACAGCACACUCAUCCCUUCAGUUGUUAGUCGUACAUGAUCAGUUAACAGACUCUUCAGAUCCUCACCAAGAGUGUGCUCCAGAGCAAGAUGAAAAUGAAGUCUGCUGCGGUUUUUGUUGUGAUUGCCUGUCUGCUUAUUGCUCAUGUGGAAGGUGUCAGGACCAGUGUAAGGAGGUGUUUGUGUCAGGGGCAUGGGGCGAACGGGGUUCGAGUACAACGUAUUGACAAGAUUGAAGUUUAUCCUGCUAGUGCAUCUUGUGAAAAUGUUGAAAUCAUAGUUGUUCUGAAGAAUGGAGCCGGUAAAAAAUGUCUGAAUCCAGAAUCCAGUUUAGCCAAGAAUUACAUCAAUAAGGUCAUUCAAAAGAGAAGACAACUGCAGGAAAACAGCACUCACUAAACGAAGAAGGCAGAGAUGUGAAAAUGUUUUUGAAAAUGAUUCCACUGUGCCAGUGUGUUUACUUGUAUAUUUAUUCAAUAAUUAUUUGAAUAGAAUUAUUAAUUUUAGUUUAGUGUUUAAUUAAUUGAGUGUUUAAUUUAUUAGAUGCCCCACUGAAUAUUGCUGGAUGUAGGCUAUCAUUUAUACAUUUUGUAUCUUUUGUAAUAUAAUUUUUUUUUUUUAUGUUUUACUAUGUUUGCAUGUUAUUUCCUGUUGUGAUAAUAAAUAUAAACAUCUGAACAUCAUAUAUGAACAUAUAAACAUCAUGUCAGUGUUGUUUUUCAAUAUUAACUUGCAUAUGAAAUAUUUUGAAAUAUGUCACCAACAAGGCUAGGUGAUUGGAACAUUGCGUAUGCUUAUGAGAUGAAAGCAAGCAUUAAAAAUCCUUUGUGAAUACUGUUAAAUAACUAAAACAUAAGAGUCGGAGGGCCAAUUUUCACAACUUAUGAUUACUUCAAUAUUUUGUCUAGCUUGCAAUAGCACCGAUAAUUUACAAAUAUGCCGUUUAACAUCCACAUGCAGUAAUGUGCUGCUACGGAAUCAUUUUAAGUGACCAUACUGCUGACACUGUUCACCCCACCAGAUCUGUGGUUAUACUGUAUGCAGGUCACAGUGGCUCACCUCUGUAAAUGUGACAAGACAAGACAAAACUCCUUCCUUAUUUAAAGAAAAACAAACCCACAAAUUUUGUAUCGGUUUCACACUCUUUCAAAAUGAACCCAUAUUCUCCA